AUGGCUAUCAAUUGGGCCAUGUCUGAUGAUGAUUACUAUGGGCCACCACCAGCAUAUUCAGUAAAUCCACCGCCAUCUAUUUAUAUUAUUCCUGAUAUACGAAAUGAAUAUCAAGAAAGACCAUCGUCUCAUGUAUCUAUUGUUUUAUCAUCAAAAUUUCUACGAUAUUUACUUAUAGCUGGUAUUCUUCAUAUGCUUAUUGGUUUAGCAACUAUUGUUUGUGAUAUUCUUUUAAUUAGUAUGAAUGAAUCAUAUUCAUUUACUGGUUUUUGGGCAGGUGUUUUAUGUUUUGCAUUAGGAAUUUAUCUUAUUUUAUUUAUGAGUCAUCCUAAAAAACAAAUAUGUUCAUUACAACGUUUUAAAUUUAUUCAUAUUAUUGUAUGUCUUAUUAUAAUAGCUUCAUUAAUAUUUUCAUCUCUCAAUCUUGCAUCAGAUUUUUGUUAUGAUACAUAUUUUUUAAAAUUAUUUCGAUGUGAACAAUCGGCUAGGAAAUUAAAAAUUGUUCUUAUUACAUUUUUUUCUUUCACAUUUGUACAAAUAUGUGUAACUGCUUUAUUAACACUUGUUCAGACUAAAUAG